AUGACUAAGAGGAGUGAUUGUGGCAGUGGUGGUGAUUGUGAUGUUGGGAAGGAGGAUUGUGGUGGUGGUGGUGAUUGUGAUGUUGGGAAGGAGGAUUGUGGUGGUGGUGGUGACUGUGAUGUUGGGAAGGAGGAUUGUGGCGGUGGUGGUGACUGUGAUGUUGGGAAGGAGGAUUGUGGCGGUGGUGACUGUGAUGUUGGGAAGGAGGAUUGUGGCGGUGGUGGUGACUGUGAUGUUGGGAAGGAGGAUUGUGGCGGUGGUGGUGAUUGUGAUGUUGGGAAGGAGGAUUGUGGUGGUGGUGGUGACUGUGAUGUUGGGAAGGAGGAUUGUGGCGGUGGUGGUGACUGUGAUGUUGGGAAGGAGGAUUGUGGCGGUGGUGGUGAUUGUGAUGUUGGGAAGGAGGAUUGUGGCGGUGGUGGUGACUGUGAUGUUGGGAAGGAGGAUUGUGGCAGUGGUGGUGAUUGUGAUGUUGGGAAGGAGGAUUGUGGUGGUGGUGGUGAUUGUGAUGUUGGGAAGGAGGAUUGUGGCAGUGGUGGUGACUGUGAUGUUGGGAAGGAGGAUUGUGGUGGUGGUGGUGACUGUGAUGUUGGGAAGGAGGAUUGUGGUGGUGGUGGUGACUGUGAUGUUGGGAAGGAGGAUUGUGGCGGUGGUGGUGACUGUGAUGUUGGGAAGGAGGAUUGUGGCGGUGGUGGUGACUGUGAUGUUGGGAAGGAGGAUUGUGGCGGUGGUGGUGAUUGUGAUGUUGGGAAGGAGGAUUGUGGCGGUGGUGGUGAUUGUGAUGUUGGGAAGGAGGAUUGUGGCAGUGGUGGUGACUGUGAUGUUGGGAAGGAGGAUUGUGGCGGUGGUGGUGACUGUGAUGUUGGGAAGGAGGAUUGUGGCGGUGGUGGUGAUUGUGAUGUUGGGAAGGAGGAUUGUGGCGGUGGUGACUGUGAUGUUGGGAAGGAGGGAUUGUGGUGGUGGUGGUGA